AUGAAAGCCGAAAAGGAAAAGUCAUCAUCCCAGCAAUGCAACGCUAGACAAUUGAUGACAUGGUGGUCCAACUUGCCGGGCGAUGACAUCAGCAUCCUCGGGAACCUGGCCGAUGACGUCGGCGAUCGUAGCUUCUUUUCGUUUCUCCAUCAGAAUGCAACUCACCAUCGGCGCUAUUGGAUCUGCAUGAAGAAGUGCCCCAUUGAGCUGUACUCUCUAACUCAUCUGGGGCAAAUUCCACAGUGGCCGCCAGUGUCCGAAGCUGGAGUCUAUUCCCAUCAAGCUCUGUUGACUCCAUCGUUCGCAAUUACUGGAUUGGAUCUGCAUGAUUUACCCUUCCGCAUCAUCCACAGCAUCCACCUCGUCGUCUGUGGCUUCGAACUCUCUCCAAUCUCCCCCAAGUUCUCCACCGAAACGAGUAAGGUGCCCCCAUAAAAAAAGUUGUCGACG